CAGAAGGCUGUGACUUAAAAAAUGGACACUGCAAAGCUAUUAUUUGGAUGUCUUACUAUUUCAAUGGACACUAUCAGUGGAAGAGAACAACCUGCAGAAAAGGAUUACCUGGAAUGGAAGAAAUGGAAUUUUUAAAAAGCAGACCUCACGGUUUCAGGAAAUUCAACAGGACCUCCUUCCUCUUAAGGCAUUCCUACUGGCUUCUGCUGAAGACAGAACACUGUGCUAGGCUUCAUCUAUAUGGGAAUCUAACAAAGUAAGCUUCCUACUGGUGAAAGCUCAAGUGCAGGAUGUGACUUAAAAUGACUACUGAUUCUGAAGGUCCUCUGAAAAGUACACUGUGCUUGAAUGUUUGCUAAGGACAAGUAAGUGACUGAUUUCAUGUUUGGACUUGAAAGAAAUACUUGAAUAUUGCUGAUGCAUGUUCAAGAUGAGUGGAUUGGGAGAAAACUCCUUGGAUAGCUUGACUAAUGAGUCAAGGAAGCGCAAGCCAUUGCCCUGUGAUACACCAGGUGCAAGUCUGACCUGCAGUGGUGAGAAGAGGCGACGUGAGCAGGAAAGUAAAUACAUUGAAGAACUGGCUGAGCUGAUAUCUGCUAAUCUGAGUGACAUUGACAAUUUCAAUGUCAAACCAGACAAAUGUGCUAUUUUGAAAGAAACGGUGAGACAGAUUCGACAGAUAAAAGAGCAAGGGAAAGCAGUUUCUAAUGAUGAUGAUGUUCAGAAAGCUGAUGUAUCUUCUACAGGUCAAGGAGUUAUUGAUAAGGAUUCAUUGGGACCUCUUUUAUUACAGGCGUUGGACGGUUUCCUGUUUGUUGUAAAUCGAGAUGGGAACAUAGUGUUUGUGUCAGAAAAUGUCACACAGUAUCUGCAAUAUAAACAAGAAGAUCUGGUUAAUACAAGUGUCUAUGGCAUCUUGCAUGAAGAGGACCGGAAAGACUUUCUCAAAAAUUUGCCUAAAUCUUCAGUUAAUGGAGUUGCUUGGACCAAUGAAACACCCAGACAGAAGAGUCAUACAUUCAAUUGCCGGAUGAUGGUGAAAACCUCUCAUGAUCUUUUGGAAGAUGUAGGCAGCCACCAGGAUACACGUCAGAGAUAUGAAACAAUGCAGUGCUUUGCUUUAUCUCAGCCAAGAGCUAUGAUGGAAGAGGGGGAAGAUUUGCAGUCCUGUAUGAUUUGCGUGGCACGACGUAUCACAACUGCAGAAAGGGUAUUUCCAACAAAUCCAGAGAGCUUUAUUACAAGACAUGAUCUUUCAGGCAAACUUGUCAACAUUGAUACAAACUCACUACGAUCUUCCAUGAGACCUGGCUUUGAAGAUAUAAUUCGUCGGUGUAUUCAGAGGUUCUUAUGCCACAAUGAUGGACAGUCAUGGUCAAACAAACGCCACUAUCAUGAAGCCUAUACCCAGGGCCAUGCAGAGACACCGUUGUACCGGUUUUCCCUGGCAGAUGGUACCAUAGUGACAGCACAAACCAAGAGCAAACUGUUUAGAAACCCUGUCACCAAUGACCGCCAUGGAUUCAUCUCUACCCACUUUCUUCAAAGGGAACAAAAUGGAUAUCGGCCAAAUCCUAAUGCAGUUGGGCAAAACAUCAGAACACCUGUGGCUGGAAACACCAGUUCUGUUGCUGGUCUUAUGAACAUGUCACCUGGUCAAGGUGUUGCAAUGCAGAACAGGAACUACAGCAUGGGAGACCCCAGUGCACUGGGUCAGCUCAGCAGCACUCGCUUCGGGGGCCCUGGUAACAUGGGGCCUGUGAACCCUGGACCUGGAAUGCAGCCCUCUGCUUAUCAGAACAACAGUUAUGGGUUAAACAUAAGCAGCCCACCCCAUGGUAGUCCUGGCUUAACUUCCAACCAACAGAAUCUUAUGAUAUCUCCUAGGAAUCGAGGGAGUCCAAAAAUGAGUUCACACCAGUUUUCUCCUGUUACAGGUAUGCAAUCUCCAAUGGGAUCUGCCAGCAACACCAGCAACAGCACUUUCUCCAGCAGUUCUCUUAGUGCUCUUCAAGCCAUUAGCGAGGGGGUUGGAACUUCCCUUUUAUCAACACUUUCUUCACCGGGUCCAAAAUUGGAUAAUUCCCCAAACAUGAACGUAGCUCAGCAAAGUAAAACGAGUGCCCAGGACUCCAAAAGCCCUUCUGGUUUGUACUGUGAACAAAACCAAGUGGAAAGUUCCAUCUGCCAGUCAAACAGCAGGGAUCAUCUUAGUGAAAAAGACAGUAAAGAGGGAAAUCUGGAGGCAUCUGAAAAUCAGAGGGGACCAUCUGAAAGCAAAGGGCAUAAAAAACUGCUUCAACUUCUCACGUGCUCCUCAGAUGAAAGAGGACAUUCUACAGCAUCAAUCUCACCUUUAGAGUCAAAUUGUAAAGAAUCUUCUACCAACGUUACCAGUCCUUCUUCAGGAGUUUCCUCCUCAACAUCUGGAGGGGUGUCUUCUUCCUCAAACAUGCAUGGGUCACUCCUGCAAGAGAAGCAUAGAAUUCUGCAUAAAUUGUUGCAGAAUGGUAAUUCUCCUGCAGAGGUAGCCAAGAUCACAGCUGAAGCUACUGGUAAAGACACCUAUCAUGAUGCCAGUAAUACAGCACCCUGUGGAGAAAGCACUGUCAAACAGGAGCAACUGAGCCCAAAGAAGAAGGAAAGCAAUGCUUUACUGAGAUACCUGUUAGAUAAAGAUGAUGUUAAAGACCCACUUUCCAAAGAGUUGAAGCCUAAAGUAGAAAGUAUGGAUAAUAAAAUGGGGCAAUGCAGUAGUUCUACAAUUCCUACUUCUAGUCAAGAAAAAGACACAAAAAUAAAAAUGGAGCCAACAGAGGAGAUGACUGGAGACUUGGAUAAUUUGGAUGCGAUUCUAGGUGAUCUGACUAGUUCAGAGUUUUACAAUAAUGCUAUGGCUGCAAAUGGAAAUAACCUUGGAACAAAGCAAGCAUUAUUUCAAGGAAAUGCUCUCUUGGGUAUGAGGAGUCCCCAGUCUGUGCAGACCACCCGCCCACCCUUCAACAGAGCCAUGUCUUUAGACAGCCCCGUGGGCUCCAGUGCUCCAGGGAGGAAUGUCAAUGCAUUCUCCAUGUUACAAAAGCAAAACUUGAUGGGUGGAAGUCCAAGAAUGGUGGAAAACCAGGAAAAUUUUGGAGCAAAUCUGGCAAGUGUUCCCAACAGAAAUGUAGCUAUGAAUCAGCACCAGUCAGGAGACUGGGGUUUGCCCAACUCCAAGGUGAACAGGUUGGAACCAACAAGUUCUGCUUCCAUGUUGAGACCCGAGUUCAGCGCGUCCCUUCCCAGGCCCGCGGGGGGCGGCUCCGUGCCCGGGCUGCCCGUUCGCUCCAACAGCGUCCCUGGGGCCAGGCCAAUGCUGCAGCAGCAAAUGCUUCACAUGAGGUCAAAUGAGAUAAACAUUGGCAUGGGAGGGAAUCUGUACAGCCAGGCAGGACCAGCUAACCAACCAGGAUCCUGGCCUGACAACAUGCUGUCCAUGGAGCAAGCACCACGGAGCUCACAGAACAGACAAUUAGUUAGAAACUCUUUGGAUGACCUCUUAUGUCCAGCACCAAAUAUGGAAGGCCAGAACGAUGAAAGGGCACUUUUGGAUCAGCUGCACACAUUGCUGAGUAACACAGAUGUCACAAGUCUGGAAGAAAUUGACAGAGCAUUAGGAAUUCCUGAUCUUGUAAACCAAGGACAAGCUUUGGAACCCAAACAGGAUUCAUUUCAAGGUCAGGAAUCCUCAGUUAUGAUGGACCAGAAGCCUUCGUUAUAUGGUCAGCCCUACCAAGGGCAAGCAGCAGCGAUGCCAGGCUUCAGUAACAUCCAGGGACAACAGCCAUCCUUUAAUUCUGUGAUGAAUCAGAUGAGCCAACAAAGCAAUUUUCCACUUCAAAAUAUGCAUCCGAGAGCAAAUGUGAUGAGACCCCGCACCAGCACCCCCAAGCAGCUCCGCAUGCAGCUCCAGCAGAGACUUCAGGGGCAGCAGUUUAUGAAUCAGACCCGUCAAGCGCUUGAAAUGAAAAUGGAAAAUCCAGUCAGUGGUAACAACUCAGUGAUGAGACCAGUUAUGCAGCCCCAGGUGGGAUCACAGCAGCAAGGUUUUCUUAAUGCUCAGAUGGUGGCUCAACGCAACAGGGAGCUAAUAAGUCAUCACUUCAGGCAACAGAGGAUGGCAAUGAUGAUGCAGCAGCAACAGCAACCUCAGGCCUUCAGUCCACCCCCAAAUGUGACUGCCUCAGGAAGCAUGGACAGUGCUUUGACAGGCCCUCCAAUGGCUCAAGUUCCUCCACAGCAAUUCUCCUAUCCACCUAAUUAUGGAAUAAGCCAACAACCUGAUCCUGCCUUUAGCAGAGUAUCAAGCCCUCCCAACCCAAUGAUGUCAUCAAGAAUUGGGCCCUCCCAGAAUGCCAUGAUGCAGCAUCCUCAGCCAGCAACCAUGUACCAGUCCCCUGAGAUGAAGGGCUGGCCCUCGGGAAGCAUGACCAGGAGCAGUUCCUUCCCACAGCAGCAGUUCAGCCACCAAGGGAACCCAGCAGCCUACAGCAUGAUGCACAUGAACAGCAGCACUGGCCACAUGGGACAGAUGAACAUGAGUUCCAUGCCUCUGGCAGGGAUGCCCAUGGGGCCAGACCAGGAAGGCGCUGUACUCACCAUGCACUAGGAGACAGGAAAGCCACCCAUUCUGCACGGCAGCGACUCCUGGCCUUGAGGAAACAACUCAUCUUUCCUGUCAAUCACCACACUGUCCUAAAGUUACUUCAUUCAGAGGGAAAAAAACAAACCUCCCCGUGUCAGCGGAAGCAGCCUCUGUGCUGUGCCACUGGUGGUGAGUGCUGUGGUGUGCAAAAAAGGUCACAGGUCUUUUUGGCACUCAGCCUCCAGCAGUGUGAGCGUGGCAAGGGUCUGGCAGUAGGUGUGAGGGGACACUCCUGGUGCACCUCAUCUGUUCCCUGCAGCUGUCCAAAGCCCUUCAACUACAGGCAGACUAAAGUGCCUGGAGAAGUCAUGGUGGUAAGAAUUUUCUGAUUUCUCUAGAAAGAAUAUCUGACAGAGAAUGUAGUUCCUAGCCUUGACUCCUUUGUAUUAAUUCCUGAGUAUAAAUGCUGCUUUUAAAUCUCUUACCCCCCAAGAGUCAGGAUUUCCCAAGCAAAGUAGCAGUGCAAAAUGAAUUGGCACCUACUAGUCCAAAAUCCUGUCAGUUGAAGCCAAGGGGUAAAAAGAGAGGAUGAUAAAUUUAAAUUAUUUAAACACAAUUGUGAUUAAUAUUUACACAUUGAUGUGCAGCUGAGUGCACUUUAUAAAAGACUAUAUAAUGGAUUAAUGCAAUAUCUUUGAUAAGGACUUAUUAUGAAGGUAGGGUGUACUCAUGUUCCUUCUCAAACACGCUCUCUCAAGAAUUAUUUGAAAAGACUGCAUAAUGUAAUGUUUUCUGUGUAUGGAAAUUAAGAGCAAUAAUCUUUCAUCUUUUUGAAAAUUACUUCAGAAAACUCAAGGCAAGGCACUGCAGUCUGAAUCAGAAUUUUGCAGUCUUUUUGUGAAUACAUUUUGUAAAUAUGAUCUUUAAGAUAAUGUAUUAUAUAUAUGACUUUUGUAGGUCACUAACUCAUUUUUGCAGAGUUUGUGAAGCUAAAUAUUUAACAAAAUUGAUUUCUGUAAACUCAGUGUAGUUGAGGUCCAAAUAGAAUUAUUUUUUUUUAAAUUCAAGCUAAUGACUUUGAAGCUGGGUGACUUUGGCCCACAUCUUUCUCUUCUUUGGUCUUCAACGCUUCAUUUAUUUUUACAUCUUUAACAUAUAGCUUUUUAUAAAAAAACAAACACCCAGUUCUUAAAUGCUUUCUCCACCUGUGAGCACUUUGUUACACUUAUUUUUACAUAAGGCAAUUUGACAAAAAGGCUCUGCAUUGUAAGAUGUUAUGACUUGUCAUGAGUCAUGUCUUGCUGUAAUAUGUUGCCUUUUCAGUUGAUGAAUCUGGAUUGUGUCUUUGUUUUUUUUGGUCAAUUUUAAUGAAUUCUACCUGUUCUUUAAAAAAGUUUGUCUGUUGCAAAAUAUUUGUUGUUACAUGAUAUCCAGAAGUCUUCAAGGAUAAUAAGCCACACUUGAACCAAAUGUCUGCACCUCAUUGGAUUGUUCUAACAGUAAUGAAUGUAUUUUCUAAGCAGCUUUCUCCUACCAGUAUUGAAGUCUAGUUACAAAUUGAUUCGUGUUAUUUACUGACACGUUUCUUUGCCCCGCUCCCAGUUUUGAUCCUUGAAAUGAUGAUCCCUUUGCAGUUUUUCCAGUUUCAGGCAGUUACAAGAAGUCAAACCUCUAAACUUCCCUAAGGGACAACCCAGAGCUGUUUGAGGUGUGUGGUGCUUUUGUCCUGUUGCUCACUGUGUAAUGCAAAACUGACUUCUCCCAAGUGAGUAAAACAAAAAUUAAAUCAUGUGUUCUUGAUUGGUUCUUCUUAGCACUGUAAGCAAGAGGUGGUCUUAUUGAUCUGAAUAUUCAGUGAUCUUCCACUUCUAUAGACAUAACUUUAACUUGAAAUCCUCUCAAAGAAUUCAUCCUUAGCCAGCCAGUUGUGUUCCAAAGGGAAUGUAGAUUCAAUUGAUCUACCUUAUGCAACCCUGUCUCUGCAACUAGGACUGAAUAGCUUAGGUGAUAGUAUUUAUUUGAACCCUUCAGUCCAAUUCUUGUGUGUUUUUUCAUGCAAAACUUUUAAAAAGCCUAAGAAACUUUUCUCUUUUUAAUUUCUUAGAACAUAUCUAUUUGUUAAGUGCUGCCUACUGAAGUUGAAAGGCAACAAUCUUUUGCUUUUUAUAUCAACUCAGAGUAGAACAAUCUUUAUAUUUUGUAGUUGUUCAUUAUAUUGAUGGAAACUACAAACCCUGAUUGCUUUCAUUAGGUGAGCUCUUAGACUAUCUACUACUUUAUACAUUGUGCCCUUUGCUUUUUUUUUAAAUGAAUGAUUCUGUUUAUACAUCUGUGUAUAACUGGUACCUGACUGAUGUUAAAAAGGAUCAUCAUUUCCUCAUCUGUGUUUAGAAUGUCGGAGCUUUCCAGUACCUACUUUUUUGCUGAAUCCAAAGAUUUUUAGUUUAAACUUGAUUAAGGGGGUGGGGGCAUCUUUAAAUUGCAUCAAUGACACCUUUCUUGGCCACACUGAUCUUAGAUACAUCUGCUUUGAAACUCUUACCUACUGCAGUAAGUAAAACUGACCUUGAAAUCUGCUGACAUUAAAUUUCUCCACCAAUUCUGUUUUGGUUCUAUAGCAGUACAUUUUUCUGAGUGGUUUUGAAAAACAUUACACAGGUUGGUUGGGUUUUUUUUAAAAACAUUAAAAGAACAAUUAGCUGGUACAACCACCUCUCAUCACUGCUGCAUAACAAACAUCAUUUUUGCUACUUGGCUCUGUUCUGUUGAUCACAGAAACCAUGUUUUUCUAAAAUUCAUAUAUAGUAUUAUUUUCCAAUCUUGGCCUCAAAUACUGCUUUUAAAGUUAGAAAAUCAGGACCACUUUUCAGUCAUAAGACAAAAUUAUUGAAUGCUGUACCAAUUAGCACACAUUUUAUUUUAGAAUUUCUGUGCAAACUACCAGAAUGAUGCAGCGAGUAUGAAACCAUGUAAUUCUGAGAGCAAUAUUUUAAACACUUCUCAGGAGAAGGCAAAACAGUAUUGAGAAUUGCAUUUAAGUUUAGUUUACAUUGUAAGUAUUGCUUGAAAGAUCUGUAUCUUUAUUUUGCAAAACAGAAAAAUCACGGGGACUGAUUUAUAAGAGAGUUGGUUGUAAGGUAUUACUGCUCUUCUGAUUUUUGUGUUUGGAUGUUAAUAAUAAUGUAAAUAAAGGUUUCUAUUUAAAACCAGAA